AUGGACAAGGUGGGGGAGCACGAGUCGGAGGGGCAGGUCGGUGGUUCUCCUCCUUCUGGUGGACGGGGGAGGCGUAGGCAGAGGAGGAGCGAUGGGGAGGACGAUUAUGACACCGCCGUGCCCGGGGACCUCACCACGCGGGCGAAGAGGCGGCAGACGACAGCAAGAAAAACAUCCGGCGGAAGGAGAGGUAAGAAAGCAGUGACGGGGACGAGGCACAAACGGGGCGAUGAACACCCUAGUGAUGCGGAGGAGGAGGAUGAGGAGGAGGAUGCGGAGGAAGAGGAGGAUGAAGAGGAUGCGGAUGUUGGGGAGGAUGAAAAAGAUGAGAAUGAUGGCGGGGAGGACGAAGAGGAGGAGGAGGAGGAGGAGGGGGAGGAGGAGGAGGAGGAUGAGGAGGAGGAGGAUGAGGAGGAGGAGCAGGAGGAAGAGGAGGAGGAGGAGGAGGAGGAGGAGGAGGAGGAGGAGGAGGAGGAGGAGGAGGAGGAUGUGGCGCCAGUGAAGGGACGAGGCGGGCGUGGCAGAUAG